AUGAGAAGAAUGAGACACAGCCACCAGCUUCCACCUCACAGCUCCGGUGCAGGCAUGCCCACAAGCUGUAACAGGCACCGAGAGACGCACCGCUCAGCUCUAGUUUCGCGUGCCGUGCGCGAGACAGAUCAUGCCAAGAAUCGAAUGCGCGGCUGCUGCAACGUUCAACUUCUCCAGGUCAUGGAGCAGCGUCACGUGGCCGAGCCAGAGGAGCCGGGGCUCGAUGUUGGCAUCGAGCCAGGGGCGGGGCUGGGCUACCCCGGGUUGGACGGAGAGAUGAGGAUCAUCUCCCGCGAGAUCUACCAGGGAAAGACGUUCGACGACUGGGACGACAUGGAGGGAAACGUCCGCCGCCUGGCGCGCAAGGCGGGCUUCAAGGACUCGAAGGGCGAGAAGCGCGCUGACGGCAGGCAGAAGCGCAUCGUGUGGAAGUGCGACUGCGCCGGCAUGAAAACGCCCCGCAAGGGCCAGAAGGACCUGACACACGACCAGACCUCCCGGGAGAGGCCGUCGAAGCGCCAGGGAUGCCCCUUCCAGAUCAACGCCACGUGGCCCGAGAAGUGCCUCCAGCCAGGGGUGACGAGGUGUACCCUCGAGCACAACCACCGCCUCGCGGGGCCCCUCCGUGCCGGAAGACAGGACCCCGUGCUGCCCGAGGAGCUGCUGGCGGAGCACGUCAGCGCGCUCAAGGAGUGGGCCAGGAUACCGGUGGCUGUUCGGACGCAGAUGCAAAUCCUUCGGCACGAGUUCUUCGAAGGGCGUCAGCUCUCCCUCGAAGCCCAGCGCUGCGUCCACACCCUCUCGGGCCAGGAAGCCCCCCGCCGUCGCGCAGCAGCAGCGGCGGCCGCGGCAGCAGCGGCGGCGGCGGCCUCCCCGGGGUCGGUGGUCGGCUCCCUCCCGAGCUCCCGCAUCAACGACCCCGUGUUCCGCGAGAGCAUGACCAUCAUCGGCAACGCCCUGCGCCAGGCGCUCGAGUCCGGCGCGGACGCCGCCGGCCUCAAGCGGCGGUGCGAGGGCUUCGCGGAGGGGCUCAGGAAGACAACGGUCGCGGCCACGGACAACACGGACCCGUCGCGGAAGAGGAUUCGGGUCGAUGGCGGGUCGCCGCUCGGCGCCGGCGCCGCCGUAGCGGUCGGAGGCCUAGGGUUGCCGCCGCCGACAACAAUGCCGGAGGCGGCGGCGGCCACCAUGCCGGUUCCCGUUGCCGCCGCCCCCGCCAUGCCCCCGGCCAUGGCGCCCCUUCAGGUGGCGGUCGGCGUGCCUCCCCCGCAACCGCCGCCGGUCCCCGCAUCGGCGGGGUUCGCACCCUCCCCCCAAAGUAUCGCGGCCGUGUCGGAGGGGUUCCUCCCGACGGGGUCGAUGUAGCAGAAAUUACCACACAGGAGAGGGACGAGAAUUUUCUUGGAAUUAUCUGCGAAGGUCCAGCCCUUAGUUGCUCGUUCGAUGAGGCUGCCACCGGUCUGGCUUUCGAUGUACAAGAUGUGUCGACGGUUGUAGGAAAAGAAUGAGACCGUGGGAGACGGGUUAUGGUUGAGUUUUGUUAUGUCUGAGACCGGGGUAGCUGGGGCCGUAUUAGAGUUCACGAGGUUGGAGACUUGAGGAGUCAUAUGGGACGCGCGUGCCGCGAGGCGACGUGGUUGUUUCGUCGAUUGCGUUCUUUUUUGUAGAAAUCUCGAACGAUGAGGUCAGGUCGCAUCUGGUUUGUUGCCUUGCACCGUCGCCGCUGUAGUCACGGGGCCGAGACGGUGACCUGAUGAGUCUUUUCAAAGUCCAUACUUGAAAGUUAUAUCUUUGCUUUCACCUUUUUGGCGAAAAAAAUGGAAGAGGCUUCGGCCGGAGGGUCACUCAUGAUGAUGUGGGUGUCCUGAAAGUAGUUGUACGCACCAGUAAUGGGUGUCUCUGUAUAGUCCUUUCUCUUUGUUUUACAGCAAGGAGAGUGCCAAAGUGCUUAUUCUUGUGGGGGUGGCAAGAUGAAAGUAGCGUUGCACGGUCGAUGUGUUGUGCAUUUACAUGCAUCUGCGACUCUUCGAGUUUCGUUAUCGAAGGUUUUGUUUGUUUUGUGUGAAAAGGGUGUAUGAUUUUUUGUAGGCAUGUUUCAGUUGCACACCUUGAAGACCACCACUCCAUGUACCUCGUCUGCCUGGAAAAUUGAACAUGCGAAUAGGAACGGGCCGAAUUCAUUGGUGUUGUUCCUUUUUCCGGCAGCCGGGGAACACUUAGUUAUAGUAGUCGAAAUCGGUUCUCAGAGCUAGAUGUUGAUUGGCCCGGCCAGUAUACACGUGGAUGGGAUCGCUGAAUUUGCCUCGGCGAAUUCCCCCGCCACUACGAUAGGAUGGAUGUAUGCUGAUACUAGAUAGUUGGAGAGCCCUAGAGCGAAAAUACUUGUCAACGAAUC